AUGUCCAAAACCGACCUUAUGCUCUUUCCCCACAGCCCUCCCCUGGUUGGGCUGACUGACCCACACGUUGGACUGAGGAAUCAGAGGAAGCUCCUACAGCUCCAUGCUCAGGCACCUCCCGAGUCUGAAGCCAGGCAUGUGAAUGGCAAAAUGCCAAGAUGCUUCGCACCUGCUGCCGUGACCUGUCAGCAGCUCGGGGGCCAGGCUUCUCGAGGCCCCUCGGAGGGGCUCUCAGUGGGGAUCGUAGAUAGCUCCGGUCCCCCACUCCGGGCACGGGGAGGGGCGGGGCAGGGAGCCCGGGGGUGUAGCGGCCGUCGGCUCUCCAGGGAGGAGGGGCGGGGGAGGCAGGCCGAGCUCCGCCCCGGGCGGCGGGCACGGGCAGCUCCCGCCUCCCCGGCUCGGUCGGUGCCUCCCCUCGGGAGUAGGAGCCCAGUCUCCAGGGCAGCGGCGGCCGCAGCAGCGCUCAAAGCGGGAGCGGGGAGGCCGCCCUCCUUCCUUCCUCCCUCCAGGCCCGUCCAGCCGCGUCCCGUCUCCUCCGGGCCGCCGCCGUCCAGUGUCCCGCGGCUGGCUGCUGCCGCCCUUCGCUUAGCCCGUCCCAUGGCGUCCUCGGCCGGGUCCCCCCCGCAGGCGGAGCGGCGGCGCUGGGGCUGGGGUCGUCGGGCCAGCCCCAAGGCUUCCUUCCCUUCGGAGCUGGCCGAGGUGAACCCGGUGGCGGGAGCGCUCUAUGCGCCCAUCCCCGCGCCGGGGCCCGGGCCUCCCGCUGCCACGGCGCCGGGGGCCCGGGGGACUCCGGCCCCACCGUCGCCGUCGCCGUCCCCAUCGCCGCCGCCCACUGUGAGCCUGGACCCACGCAUGUCCAUCUACAGCGUGCGGCGCCCGCUGCUCACCCGCACCCACGUCCAGGGCCGCGUCUACAACUUCCUCGAGAGACCCACGGGCUGGAAAUGCUUCCUCUACCACUUCACGGUCUUCCUCAUCGUUCUGAUCUGUCUCAUCUUCAGUGUGCUCUCCACCAUCGAGCAGUAUGUCACCUUGGCCACCGGGACCCUCUUCUGGAUGGAAAUUGUGCUCGUGGUAUUUUUUGGGACGGAGUAUGUGGUUCGUCUGUGGUCAGCGGGAUGCCGCAGCAAGUACGUGGGUAUCUGGGGCCGGCUGCGCUUUGCCAGGAAGCCCAUUUCCAUCAUCGACCUCAUUGUGGUGGCGGCCUCCAUGAUUGUCCUCUGCGUGGGCUCCAAGGGACAAGUCUUUGCAACUUCAGCCAUCAGGGGGAUUCGCUUCCUGCAGAUUUUGCGGAUGCUGCACGUGGACCGGCAGGGCGGCACAUGGAGGCUCCUGGGCUCCGUGGUCUUCAUCCAUCGGCAGGAGCUGAUAACCACCCUAUACAUCGGAUUUCUGGGUCUGAUCUUCUCCUCCUACUUUGUGUACUUGGCGGAAAAAGACGCCGUGAAUGAGUCCGGCCGCAUUGAGUUUGGCAGCUACGCCGAUGCCCUGUGGUGGGGCGUGGUGACCGUCACCACCAUCGGCUAUGGAGACAAGGUGCCGCAGACGUGGAUCGGGAAGACCAUCGCCUCUUGUUUCUCAGUCUUUGCCAUCUCAUUCUUCGCCCUCCCCGCGGGGAUUCUUGGUUCAGGCUUUGCCCUUAAGGUGCAGCAGAAACAGAGACAGAAACAUUUCAACCGCCAGAUCCCGGCUGCCGCCUCUCUCAUUCAGACAGCCUGGAGAUGCUAUGCAGCUGAGAACCCCGAUUCUUCGACGUGGAAAAUUUACAUCAGAAAACCUGCCCGAAAUUAUCACCUGUUGUCACCUAGUCCCAAGCCCAAGAAAUCUGUCAUGGUAAAGAAGAAAAAAUUCAAACUGGAAAAGGACAAUGGGGUCGGCCCUGGAGACAAAACCUUGACAGUCCCUCACAUCACUUAUGAUCACAUAACAGAGGAGAGAAAGUCAGAUCAGUUUUCCAUCGAGGGAUAUGAAAAUUCUGUGAAGAAGAGCCCUUCCUCACUGGAGGUAAACCCUGGCCACUUCCUGAGGACCAACAGCUUUGUGGAGGACCUGGAGCUGGAAGGAGAGACUCUGCUGGCCCCCAUCACACACAUCUCCCAGCUGCGGGAACAUCACCGGGCCACUAUCAAGGUUCUCCGGCGCAUGCAGUAUUUUGUGGCCAAGAAGAAAUUCCAGCAAGCCAGGAAGCCUUAUGACGUCCGUGAUGUCAUCGAGCAAUACUCCCAGGGUCAUCUGAACCUGAUGGUGCGCAUCAAGGAACUCCAGAGAAGGCUGGACCAGUCCAUUGGGAAGCCUUCUCUUUUCAUCUCAGUCUCAGAGAAGAAUAAAGACCGAGGGAAUAACACGAUCGGAGCACGACUGAACAGGGUUGAAGACAAGGUGAUGCAGAUGGACCAGAAGCUUAACCUUAUUACAGACAUGCUCCAUCACCUGGUGGCCUUGCAGCAAGGGGAUCAGGGCGGCGGCGGCGGCGGCAGCGGCGGGAAGACCCCCCAGAGGCCCAGCGCCGAGCUCUUCCUAGGCAAUAACUCCCUCCCCACCUAUGAACAGCUGACGGUUCCCAGGAGGAUGCCCGAGGAAGCAUCCUGAUGGAGGCCUUCGGGCUCCGGGCCCCCAGGCGGAGGCGGGCUGGGGG